UAGUUAGUUACUUUAGAUUUAAUAUAAUUAAUAUUAUUACUAACAACAACAAUAACAAUAAUAUCAUCAAAUACCUUCACUUAAAAAAGAAGAUAAUAAAAAUUUCAUCAUAAUUCAAUCCAUAUUUAUUAUUAAAGAAAGCUCAAAAUAUUAUUUUUCGCAGAAGGUAUCAUCUUAUUUUGGAUGGAUUAAAUUCUUAAGAAUACAUACACUAAUAUUCCUACUUGUAUCAGUGAUGCCCUCAAAGAGCUAUAUCUCAAUUAAAAAAAACUUUAGGAGGAAACAAAAGGAGUAGUUUCACAAACUAAAAAUCUACUUAGCUCUUACGAAAAGGAUGUAAACUCAUUAAGGAAUGAAGUAAAUAUAAGUCAAAUGAAUUUUAAACUAUAUUGUCAGACUACAAAUGAUAAGUUAGAGAGCAUCAAAAAUAAUUUAUCAAAUGAAGUUUAUAUUAACAUAAUAAAAAAUGAAGAUUGGCAAAAGAAAUUAGAGAAAAGAAUUUUUGAAGAUAAUCUUGGAUGGAGCGAGGGUGCUAAUCAUAUUGCAGAUGCUUUGAAACAAAUGGAGCGUUUUUAAAGCGAUUUUCGUGUUUUCAAAUAAACAAUUAACGAAUAAAAACUUGAUAUUUGUUCUUUUAAAGAAUAUCUGCUAGAUAAUGUUAAAAACAAUAAUGAUUUGAUCAAAUAAUUAUCUAAGAGCCUUAAAUUAGAUCAAGCAAAAUAAGAUAGUGAUAAACAAAAGUAGUAAAUUUCAGAUUUAUUUAGUUUGUAGGAAUAAAAAAAUGCAAAAUUGAAAGAAAUUGAGUUAUCUUUUAAAGAUAAAUUUGAAAAUUACAUGGAUAAUGUUAAGGAAUGUUCUGAAAAGCUGAAUAAAUAUAUUUUUGAUAAUGAUAAUUACGUAAGUAAUCUUUAUAAGCAUAUUUUUGAUGUAAACAAAGAUUUUAGAUCAAUAAAAGAAGAGAUAGAUGAGAAAAGAAGAAGUUUUGAAGUAGCUGUGUCUGAGUUUUAAAAGGGUACUAUAACAAAUUAUAAAUAGGAUAAAAGCAAUGAUAAAAAUAAUCAAUUUUAAAGUUAAAAUUAAGUAGGAGAAGUAGAUAAUAAAUUUUUAAUUAAUGAGUAAAAAUAAAAAAAACUAGAACAAAAAAAUUAAGAACUUUUUGAUGAGUUAAAGGUUUUAAAAGAAAGCUAUUAAAAUUAAUUUAUUUCAUUCAAAUAGUAAAUUGAUUAAAAAUAAGUCUCCUUUUUAGAUUAAAUAAGAGAAGAUAUAAAAUAAUCCUUAUAAGUGCACAUUUAGAAUAUCUAAGAAAAUUAUUUUGAACCACUAAUAAAUAUACGAAAUUAAAUUAGCCCAAUAAAUAUGUAUUAAUUUGAGAGUUAGGAAGAGAAUUUAAAUGCUUAAGGAAACAAAAAAAAUUAUAGGCUGCAAAAAAAUCAAAAAACAAUCGAUGAAGAAGAGUAGAAAUAUGAAUAAAAAAACAGCUUGAAGAACACAACUGAUGGCUCAUAAGCUUAAAAUAAAGAAGACAUAUUUAGCACAAUAAAAAGCUAACCCUAAGAAGAAGACUAGGAGGAAGAAGAUGAGGAAUAUUUACAAUAAGAAAAUAACAAAAAAGGUAAUAAUUUAUAAAAAUCAAUAAAAGAGCUUGAGGAAAAUACUCCAAAUUCUGACAUAAAUGGUCAACAAUCAUUAGAAAAUAAUAAGUAAAAUUCAAAGAAAUAAAGUAUUCAUAAUGCCUCUUAGCAGUUAUCUAAAAGAGAACUUGCUCACAAAGAAAGUAUUGACUUAGUUGAUGUUUAUAAAGUAAAAAACACUUCUCCUGAGCCAUCUCCUUUAAAAGCUAAAUAUUCUAAUAAUUAAUAAAACAAAGGAAAUUAAUCUAAUUCUUCAAAGGGAGAUAUGUCUAAAAAUAAUGUGACUGUUACAAGUUUUAAAAAGAGAAAAUCUGUAGAUGAUUAUUCCCAAUACAUUCAGUAGAAUAGUUAGGAAUCUUAAGAGAAUUUUUAAUAAAAUUUAUCCUACUUUUACACUGAAUAAGAAGAAGAUAUUUUAAAUUAAGUUAACUCAAACUAUAAAAAUCAUUUGCAUUUUUCUAAAAGGAAGUCACUUUAGACAUAACAAAUGUUUAGAAAUACACCUAAGAUGUAAGGGGGAUCAACUAUAUUGAAUAAAACACUCCCUGAUUUAUCUUUUGAUCACUCAACAAGCCCUAAUAAAAAAUGGCCACCACUUGAAAAUGCUGGAAUUCAUUAGAAAAUUUAAAAUAUAUAAGUAAAAAAUAUGAAUAGCACAAAUUAUACUGUCAUGUCUCAUUCUAAAUAGAAUAAAAUGAGUAUUUUAAAUUUGAGCUUAGACUUUAUAAAUCCUCAAGCAAUUUAAAACUAACAAAAUUUAUCUUAAUCUUAAGUAAACGGAAUUGGAAAUCUUGGUUCUUUUUCUAAUCAGCUAUAAAAUAUUCAUUAACCUGUUAUUUAACUUGCUAGCUAUGGAAAUAAAAUGCCAUAGUUAAGAGCUUAAAAAUUUUUAAAUUCUAGCAAUUAAAAUAAAGACUCAAUUAUGUAACGUCCUUUUAGCUAACAAUCUCAUAGAAAUUCAGCUGGUGGAAUAUUUAUUAAUAAAUCCUAAAAUAAAAUAUAAAACAGGCCAAAAACUUAAGAAAGCAUUCAAAUAAUAGGUCAUAAAAAAUGA